GCCACGUCUGAGAAAGAAUACUCGUUGAGAAGCGGUACUAUCAAAGCACAAGUAACCAUAAUAAAAUAUUUAAACGGUUAGCAUAUACAUAUUUGCACCAUAGGCUAUUAACAGCAGCACGGUUCUACAGACUGGUGUCAUGAGGGUCUCUCACAGUCUCCUGAUGUUUGCGUUGCUCUGCGUCUGGACGCUGCUGAUAGCAACCCGGUCCAGUCAGGCCCACUCCCACAGUCACCAUGGGCACGCACAUUCGCACGGUCACCAUGGCCACGCACACUCGCACGGGGGCGGCGGUUGCCACGGCCACAGCCACUCCCACGAGGCCCACGGGGUGAAGAUGCACCACGGGGCCAGCAAGUGGAGCGCCGAGGCCAACCUGCCCCCGCCUGAGGAAGUCCACGACCACGGUCACGGUCACGCACACGAGCAUGACCACGGUCACGGUCACGGUCACGCGCACGAGCAUGACCACGGUCACGGUCACGCGCACGAGCAUGACCACGGUCAUGGUCACGCGCACGAACAUGACCACGGUCACGGUCACAGUCAUGAAGAUGCCCACGGUCACUCCCACGGAGCGGAGCGAGAGAAGAGGGAAGCGGAGGGAGAGAAGAGGAACAUGGUGGAGCUCUGGAUGCAGGCGAUCGGGGCCACUCUGCUCAUCAGCGCCGCCCCCUUCCUGAUUCUGUUCCUCAUCCCAGUCCAGUCCAACACGGACCAGCACCAGAAUCUCCUGAAGGUGCUCCUGAGCUUUGCCUCGGGUGGGCUCCUGGGAGACGCCUUCCUGCACCUCAUCCCUCACGCGCUGGAGCCCCACUCUCACCAUGGCGACACGGAACACGGCCAUUCACAUGCCAGUGCUGAGUCACAUGAUCAUGGCCACUCGCAUGGUGGAGCCCACGGCCACAUGAUGUCAGUGGGGCUGUGGGUCCUGGGCGGAAUCGUGGCCUUCCUCGUGGUGGAGAAAUUUGUGCGUCUCCUGAAGGGAGGACACUCCCACUCCCACUCACACGCCCACUCCCACGCUACUCCCAAAGCCAAAGAGAGUGAUGGAGAGGAGGAGGAAGAGGAGGAAAAGGAAGAGAAGGAAGAGGAGGCAGCUGAAGACAAGGAUGGAGUGAAACAAAGGAAAAAGGACACUACAGACAAAAAGACACCAGAGGAGAAGGAAGAGAAGAGCUCCGACAUCAAGGUGUCAGGCUACCUGAACCUGGCAGCCGACUUCACGCACAACUUCACGGACGGGCUGGCCAUCGGCGCCUCGUUCCUGGUGGGUCCGGCGGUGGGCGCGGUCACCACCCUCACCAUCCUCCUGCACGAGGUGCCCCACGAGAUCGGCGACUUCGCCAUCCUCGUCCAGUCAGGCUGCACCAAGAGGAAGGCCAUGAGUCUUCAGCUCCUGACUGCCAUAGGAGCGUUGGCGGGUACCGCCUGCUCCCUGUUGGCCGAGGGAGUGGGUGCGGCCGCCACGGCCUGGAUCCUCCCCUUCACGGCGGGCGGUUUUGUUUACAUCGCCACGGUGACGGUGCUGCCCGAGCUGCUGGUGGGCCGGUCCUCUCUGGGCCAGUCGUUGAUGGAGAUCCUGGCCCUGCUGUUCGGAGUGGGAAUGAUGGUGCUGAUUGCUGAGUACGAGUGAGAGAGAGUGACAGAGAGGGAGAGAUGGAGGGAGAGAGG